GAUGUUGAUGUUUUGGUCCGGAGAUUUCUCUUUCGUUAGCUCUCAGAAAAAUUACAACUCUGGGUGUGAAAUACAUGGUCUUGAAGAUCUAGCAUUUGUCGCUCAGAAACGUUUUUUUUCUCGGCGCUUCUUUCGAGAAGCAAGAGGCCGAGACGGGCGAUGAUGGAGGACUUUGACGAGAUUUACGAAGAGGAGGAGGAGGAGGAAGAGGACGAAGACAGGGCCGCGGAGGAGCAGCUUCUGAAGUACGCUCCAGACCCGGUGGUGGUGCGCGGAUCCGGCCACGUCACUGUGUUUGGACUCAGCAAUAAAUUUGAGUCAGAAUUUCCCUCGGCACUUACGGGAAAGGUAGCACCAGAGGAAUUUAAGGCUAGCAUCAACCGUGUGAACGGCUGCCUUAGAAAGACAUUACCGGUUAAUGUUCGCUGGCUGCUGUGUGGGUGCCUGUGUUGCUGUUGUACACUGGGGUUCAGCAUGUGGCCAGUCAUCUGCCUUAGCAAGAGGACACGCAGGUCUAUAGAGAAGUUACUGGAAUGGGAGAACAGCAGACUUUACCACAAGCUGUGUUUGCAUUGGAGACUAAGUAAGAGGAAGUGUGAGACUAACAACAUGAUGGAAUAUGUCAUCUUGAUAGAGUUUUUACCCAAGAUCCCCAUCUUCAGGCCUGACUAAUGACUGCUGUAGUCCAAACCUCCAGCGUGGUCUUCCCAAGGUGCCUUUCUUCAGUUCUGUCAUGGAUUUCAUCUGGGCCUCAUUCAUCUCCCGACAGUUUCACAAAAUUCAUCUGAAUUCAGCGCUCUGAACAUACAGAGCCUGUUUACAAACGGAUUAAACUCCCAAAAAAGUUUAAUCCGUGUGUGUGCGUGUGUGUGUGUGUUUGUUUGU